AUGUCAAUUCCUGCGCUUUCUUCAGUCGACCAUCCUCUUUCCUAUCCUAAGCCCCUCGAGCGUCAGAGAAAAUACUUCAAGCUCGAUCAAAAUGAGAAGAUACUAGCCAAGUCGGAUAGACUCUCGGAACAAAAGUACUCCCCUUUAGUCGUGCAGAAGACUCCCCAAGACAAGAUGUUAUACUUGUACGAGCGACAACGCAUUGUUGAUCUGUGCAACACUUAUGCAUAUACGCUGGAUUCGACCAUGAUGGACUUGAAAGUGGCUGAAGACUGGGCGAACCUCUUCACCGAAGAUUGCGUGGUAACAUACCCAUUUGGCACGCAUCAUGGAAGAGAAGGCCUCGCAAAAUUCGGCAUGAUUGCUGAGUCCCGCUUUAAGCGUAUGCUCCAUAUUGCGACCAAUUUUACCAUCUUUUUUGAUUCUGAUGAUAUCGCUCAUGGCCGGUAUGCUUGCUUCGCAACACAUGGCAGAAGCGAGCAUGAUUUGUCCGAGCAUUUCAUGGAAGGAGGUUAUUAUUAUUCGUCUUUCAGGAGAGUACCCAGUGACUCCGGUGACAUCUGGAAGUUCACCAAUCUUACCUUGGAGAUGAUCUGGACGUUGGGAGACUCAAUAGGCUUGAAUGAGCCGCAUGAGAAACAGACCACACACAAACAUUUAUAG